AUGCCGCAAGUCAACGGACAACAAGUCGGCCCAACAGGGUUUGGACUGAUGGAGCCGCCUUCCCAAGAGCAAGCUUUCGCAGUCAUGAAAACCGCUCUCAAGAAUGGCUGCAAUUUUUGGAACGGCGGCGAGUUCUACGGCCCUCCGACUUACAAUAGCUUGGUGCUCCUAGAGCGAUACCUUGAGAAGUACCCGGAAGAUGCGGAAAAGAUCGUUAUCAGCAUAAAGGGAGCAGUCAAUCCAGAUACCCACAAGGUGGAUGGUAGCCCGGAACAGAUUCGCCGAAGUAUGGACUCGAAUCUUAAGCAACUGAAUGGCCGCAAGAAACUGGAUCUUUUUGAGUGUGCUCGACGCGACCCAGAUACGCCACUUGAGGUUACUUUUGGGACAUUGCAGAGAGAGUACAUCGACACAGGUAAAUUGGGCGGCAUUAUGCUCACCGAGGUUUCUGCAGCCACAAUCCAUGAAGCCGUGAAGGUCGCAAAAAUUGCCGCUGUGGAGGUCGAGCUGAGCCUCUUUACAACGGACGUUCUUCAUAAUGGUAUCGCAGCUGCCUGUGCACAGCAUGACAUACCUUUAGUUGCUUACUCACCAAUUGGACGAGGUAUUCUGACUGGCAGGUAUAAAUCCGUUGCCGACCUUGGAGAAGGUGACUUGCGCGUGGCUAUGGGUUUCCCCCGAUUCCAGCCGGAGAACUUCGAAGCGAACCUCAAGCUAGUCGAGAAGGUAGAACAACUAGCCAAGAACAAGGGAUGUACCCCGGCACAGCUGGCCAUUAACUGGGUGAAGAGCUUGUCAAAAAGGCCUGGCAUGCCGCUGAUCAUCCCAAUCCCCGGAGCCUCAACAGUAGAGCGCGUCAAUGAGAAUUCAGUGGAGGUCGACCUGAGCGAAGAGGACCUCGCUGAGAUUGAUGCCAUCUUGGCAACCUUUCAGACGGUAGGAAGUCGCUACCCAGCUGGUUCUCCCAUCGACACCUGA